AUGAUGAUGAAGUGUGUGCGACAGCUGUCUGAGAUAUUGGCGUCGGAAGAGGCUUCUACUAUUAAUACUAGUAGCACGUGUAAGGCUUCGUUGGAAGAGUGGAACGCAGAGUUGGAAAAGGUGCUUUUUGCGGAUCCUGAUGAAGCCAAAGUCACAGCAGGAGACAAAGAGAACUCUGAGGAGAUAGAAGUAUCAGCAGACGAAGCCAAAGCCGAGAUUGAUGACGUGACGCGGAAACUGCGAGAUGCCUUUGUCCUCGCCUUGGCCAAGUCUCUUGGUACUGAAAGUACUGAGAAGACGGUCUGUGACCACUUAGCCUUGAUCAGUACUAGUACUGAGAAAGACGACAAUACUAGUGCAGACAUUAGUAUUGUCAUUGUGGAUGUCACUAGUUGGGCCUGGCUGGAAUGUGUGGUUCGAACGAGCAGUGUGUUUCUGAGGUGGUAUCUCCAACGGUUUCUACAAAAGUACCCGUUGGUCUAUCCCAUGUCGAGUGCUCCCUUCCAGUCCUUGUCCAUGCUCACCAUGAUUCUGUUCUUGAUUGAACACAAUGCAAAUAAUAUCGAGGAAGAUCAUGACGACAAUAGCCACGGACAGAGAUUUGCCCGGCAUGCGUCUCUUCUGUUGUUUUACGCUACCUUUAGUCCUCGUUCUCCCAAUGAUGAAGACAUGCAGAAAACACAUCAGCGCCUUGUCGACGACCUACGAUUCAUUCCUCGCGCUCUUUCCCUAUUAACGUAUCCCACACAAACAUCGGCACCCCUCACGUUGUCACUCAUUCGCAAUGUCCACAAUCUACUCGCGUCGUUUGAGGGAACCAUCAAGGUGGUCCAACAGACGGGAUUUCCGUACGACAGCAACACCGCCCAGGCACCCUGGAAUCCCAAACCCGACGAGAAUACCAAUGGACUCAUUACGUAUCCCUCUAUUUUUCGAGAUGUCCUCAUUUGGGCGCUCAAUGCGCCGCAUUUGCCGCCGUUUCCAGGUUCCACACAAGAUAAACGUCCCGAAUUGGUCGUGGAAAUAUUGGGCAUUAUUUUUGCCAUGGGAGGAACCGAAGUCUCACGAGCACUCCGCUAUCCGUGUCCCAAUGCCGCAUUGUCACAAUUGGUCGUGACAUCCCUGAAAUCAUUGUCAUCGGACGACGACAAACGAGUUUAUCAAGUCAAACUAUCGACCAUUACUAUUUUGACGGAUGCCAGUCCAUCGUUUGGAACGUUUUUGGUCGAACAAGGAGCAUUACCAGCAUUGCUCGAAAUUGCCCAACGACAAAUGGAUACCGUCAUUGAUAAUAUACAAGUCAAUGACAAGGCCGUCUCGGCAUUGGUACCCAGUUUGGCGGUAUUGUACAAAUUCUCGGCUGGUAAUCCGACGUUUCGGGAUGCCACCAAAGAACUCGUCUUUCCACCCGCUCAAGAAGAAGAGUUUUGGAAACUGGCCAAGGAACAACUACUACUCAAUAAUCAACAUCAAGAUGCGGCGACGGAUGAUAAUAACGACAACAAUAACAAUAACAAUAAACAAGUACCAGCCAAGAAUAAUAAUAUGCAACCGUUGGAUGCACCGCGUGGCACGUUGCGAUGGAAAUUGAUUCAUCUCAUGACAUGGACCGAAUCGCAUAUCAAACGAUAUGCCAGUGAAUUGUUGUGGGCACUCUGCGAGGAAAAUCCAAAAGAAUUUGUUCUACGAACUGGAAUGGGCAAUGCCAUUGGCUUUUUAGGGGCCAAGGGAAUGGUACAGAUUCCUAAUAAUAAUUAG